GGGAGGGCCCGUCCGCUCUGCAGCCCGGCCCCUCCCCGGCCCGGGGCCUCGGCGGUUCCGACGCCGGGGUGAGCGCGCGGGGCGCCCGGACCCGGCCCGCGGCGGACCUGACUGCGAGCGCCAGUGCAGAGCGCGCUCCCGGCCCUCCCCCUCCUGCCGAGACGCCGCAGCCGCGCGGGAAGGCGGGGCGCUGCGGAGCCGAGGGGCGGGGGCUAAAAAUACCCGGCGGCGGCGGCGGCGGCGGCGGCGGCGACUGCUGGGGCUGCGGGGCUGCGGGCCGGGGAGGCCGUGCGGGGCCGGGCUGGGUCCCGCUGACCGACAUGCUGACCUUCUUCCUCGUGUCGGGGGGCUCCCUCUGGCUGUUCUCGGAGUUCUUCCUCUCGCUUCUGGAGAAGAUGCAGACUCAGGAGAUCCUGAGGAUGCUGCGGCUGCCUGAGCUGGGCGACUUGGGCCAGUUUUUCCGCAGCCUCUCGGCCACCACCCUCGUGAGUAUGGGUGCGCUGGCUGCCAUCCUUGCCUACUGGUUCACUCACCGACCGAAGGCCUUACAGCCACCGUGCAAUCUCCUGAUGCAGUCAGAGGAGGUGGAGGACAGUGGUGGGGCCCGGCGGUCUGUAAUAGGGGACAGCCCGCAGCUGCUCAGCCACUACUAUGACGACGCCAGGACCAUGUACGAGGUGUUCCGCCGUGGGCUUAGGAUCUCAGGGAAUGGGCCCUGUCUUGGCUUCAGAAAUCCUAAGCAGCCUUAUCAGUGGCUGUCCUACCAGGAGGUGGCUGACAGGGCUGAAUUUCUAGGGUCUGGACUUCUCCAGCACAACUGUAAACCAUGUACCGAUCAGUUUAUCGGCGUUUUUGCACAAAAUCGACCAGAGUGGAUCAUCGCAGAGCUUGCCUGUUACACAUACUCUAUGGUGGUGGUCCCUCUAUAUGACACCCUGGGCCCUGGGGCCGUCCGCUACAUCAUCAACACAGCUGACAUCAGCACCGUGGUCGUGGAUAAACCUCAGAAAGCUGUGGUUCUCCUGGAGCACGUGGAGAGGAAGGAGACGCCAGGGCUCAAGCUGAUCAUCCUCAUGGAGCCAUUCGAGGAGGCCCUGAAAGACAGAGGGCAAGAGUGCGGGGUGGUCAUUAAGUCCAUGCAGGAUGUGGAGGACUGUGGCCAGCAGAAUCACUGCGAUCCUGUGCCCCCGAAACCCAGUGACCUCUCCAUUGUGUGUUUCACGAGCGGCACAACAGGGAACCCAAAAGGUGCGAUGCUCACCCAUGGGAACGUGGUGGCUGAUUUCUCAGGCUUUCUGAAAGUGACAGAGAGUCAGUGGGCUCCCACUUGUGCGGAUGUACACAUUUCCUAUUUGCCUUUAGCACACAUGUUUGAGCGAAUGGUACAGUCCGUCGUCUACUGCCACGGAGGGCGCGUUGGCUUCUUCCAGGGAGACAUCCGCCUCCUCUCAGAUGACAUGAAGGCCCUGUGCCCCACCAUCUUCCCAGUGGUCCCCCGCCUGCUGAACCGCAUGUACGACAAGAUCUUCAGCCAGGCAGACACCCCAUUAAAGCGCUGGCUCCUGGAGUUUGCAGCAAAGCGUAAGCAGGCCGAGGUCCGGAGUGGAAUCAUCAGGAACGAUAGUAUCUGGGAUGAACUCUUCUUUAAUAAGGUUCAGGCCAGUCUUGGUGGGUGCGUGAGGAUGAUUGUUACUGGAGCAGCCCCCGCAUCACCCACGGUCCUGGGAUUCCUCCGGGCAGCUCUGGGCUGCCAGGUUUAUGAAGGUUACGGCCAAACUGAGUGCACGGCGGGAUGUACCUUCACCACACCUGGGGACUGGACCUCAGGACACGUAGGGGCACCUCUGCCCUGCAAUCAUAUCAAGCUGGUCAAUGUCGAGGAGCUGAACUACUGGACCAGCAAGGGAGAAGGAGAGAUAUGUGUGAGAGGACCAAAUGUGUUCAAAGGUUACUUGAAAGACCCAGAGAGGACAAAGGAAGCCCUGGAUGAGGACGGCUGGCUUCACACUGGAGACAUCGGGAAGUGGCUGCCGGCUGGUACUCUUAAAAUUAUUGAUCGGAAGAAGCAUAUAUUUAAACUUGCUCAGGGAGAAUAUGUUGCGCCCGAGAUGAUUGAGAACAUCUACAUCCGGAGCGAGCCUGUUGCCCAAGUCUAUGUCCACGGGGACAGCUUAAAGGCCUUUUUGGUGGGCAUUGUCGUGCCCGACCCAGAAGUCAUGCCCUCUUGGGCCCGGAAGAGAGGAAUUGAAGGGACGUAUGCAGAGCUCUGCACAAAUAAGGAGCUGAAAAAAGCCAUUUUGGAAGAUAUGGUGAGGUUAGGAAAAGAAGGUGGACUCCACUCUUUUGAACAGGUUAAAGCCAUUCACAUCCAUUCUGAUAUGUUCUCAGUUCAAAAUGGCUUGCUGACACCGACCCUAAAGGCUAAGAGACCUGAGCUGAGAGAGUACUUCAAAAAACAAAUAGAAGAGCUUUACUCAACCUCCAUGUGAAGUUCAAGGAAAGUUCUUCUGGGUAUAAUGGACAAUGUAGCAAUAUUAUAGUUGUUCUUGAAAGUAACAAGUCAGAAUGAUGCAGCCGAAAAUGAAAAGCACUUGACCUUACGACUGAGCCUUUUCCUGUCUCUAGAGGUCUUUAACAAUAUUUCUCUCUCAUCACUGAGUACACUUUAUUUUUAUUACAAUGAUAUUGUAGCAAGCUGCUAAAAAUAUCACAAGUGGCAUUGUAAAAACAUUGACUUUUCUUAAGAACUGUGUACCACUAAAAGUAAUAUAUUCUCAAUGUUCACAGAACUUCUAUUAAAUAUAAA